CCCUUUUAUUUUUCCUUUCCCCCGCUCCAGGUUUGGUUGGUCUUGAGAGACGCCGUCGCCUUUACCACGAGAGAAAAAACCAAUACAAACAAUACAAAAUACAAUACAAAACGCGAACAAAACAACAAAAAUAUAUAUAUACAACAAAGAGGGGAAGGAAAAAACCAGGUUUUCUCUCCCCCUUUGCCGUGAAGAGCCGCCGCAGCCUCUCCGUCCUUUGGACCGUCCUUGGAAGCCGUUCCAAACCCGAAGGAAACUGCCACUUUAAAAAACAUAUUUCCCUCUUCUUUCCCCCCAAAAAACAAAGGCAAAACCCACUUUUUUUUCGAGCAGGAAAAAAAAAAAACCAAGCAACUUUUUUUUUUAUUAUUACUAUUUUUUUUUGUUUUCAGUUUAGCUCGAUCCACUCCUUUAGGGCUUUAAAAAAACAGACAAAACCCAAGGGAAAAAAAAAAACCAACCUUUAAAAAAACCCCAAAAUACCCGUCAAGCUGCAAAAAAAAAGUUGCUGCGUUUUUUUUAAAGCCAUGAUUAAAAUCAAACGAAUUUUUUGGCUCUAACACCACCUCCAAAUGCCAAAAUCCAAACCUUGAAGCGCUGUCGGCUGAGAAAAAAAAUUGGAUACUUAGGAAGCUUUACUUCAGCAAAGGGAGGGAACAGCCACAACCCGGGCUGUUCCUGCCAUGGGCUCCGGCCCCAUCGACCCCAAGGAGCUCCUCAAGGGCCUCGAUUGUUUCCUGGGCCGGGAUGGGGAGGUCAAAACCAUGGAUGGCAUCUCCAAAAUCUUCAGCCUCAUGAAGGACUCGCAGAAGAUGGUGAGUCGCUGCAUUUACCUGAACAUCCUCCUGCAGACCCGGGCCCAGGACAUCCUCAACAAGUUCAUCCGGAUCGGGGGCUACAAGCUGCUCAACACGUGGCUGACGGGCUCCAAG